GCUCACCCGACACAGCUGUGAUUGUUUUCUGCAGAGGAAGCUUGUGUCAGGAAUUAGGUCUGCGGCCAGGAACGAAAUAGCAGGUUUUUUUGCUUACCACUCAAACGAUGAUGUGACCAAACAACGUGAGAUUUAUAGGGCAAAGAAGAGCUCACACCAUAAUCAUUUCCGAAGGUGCGAAUAAGGAGGGUCGACCAUCGCUGAAUCAGACAGUGAAGACGUCUGAAGACCAAGUUCAAAAGUGCCAAAUGCCAAGACUCGAAGACCACUGUUGGAGCUGCUCCUGUGCAUCAAGGCUAGAAUCUACCAAGAAUUUAUCAGGAGCAAACUGGGUCGCAUCAAAGGCCGAAGAAAUGAUGUCCAUAAUAACGUCAGUACUCAGCAAUGCCUACGGGUCUCUACAUAACGUCAGAACAACAAACUUGAUUCGGCGGGGUCUCGUCCUUUUCACCGUUGGAGUAUUUCUUGCAUUGGUGUUGAACUUGCUGCAAGUACAAAGAAAUGUCACGUUGUUUCCUGAAGAGGUGAUGACAACUUUGUUCUCAUCUGCCUGGUGGAUCCCCCCUUGCUGUGGCACAGCGGCUGCUGUUGUUGGCCUGUUGUAUCCCUGCAUAGACAGCCAUCUUGGAGAGCCUCACAAGUUCAAAAGGGAGUGGGCCAGCGUCAUGAGGUGCAUCGCAGUGUUUGUCGGCAUCAACCACGCCAGUGCUAAACUUGACUUUGCCAAUAACGUGCAGCUGUCUCUCACCCUUGCGGCCCUGUCCCUGGGCCUGUGGUGGACGUUUGACCGCUCGAGGAGCGGCUUUGGCCUGGGCAUCACCACUGCCUUCCUGGCCACUGUCAUCACCCAGCUGCUGGUCUACAAUGGUGUUUAUCAGUACACAUCCCCAGAUUUCCUGUAUGUACGGUCCUGGCUCCCAUGCAUAUUCUUCUCUGGGGGAGUGACUGUUGGUAACAUUGGACGGCAGCUAGCAAUGGGCGGUGGUGAGAAGUCCCACAUGGACUGAGGAAGUGGAGCUAAACAGUGGAACGCCAAGAACAUGCAGAUGGUCAGGAGGAAGAGAGAUUUCUGAGGAGAAGACAAGAAACAGCAGCCCACGUCAUACUGUUGACUACUUCGCAACAAACAAACACUGUCCAGAAAACCUCCAAGUAACUCUGAUGUGCCAUUACUUCUGGACCCCCUUGUGGCCAAAAUAUGUUCUCCUGCCACUCCUCUACAAAGCAUUAGCUAUUACACCCUUACAUUAUGAUAGCAGGCAGAUAUUGUCCUGCCCUCCCCAGUCAUUUGAACUUUUGAAGUGAAACGUUGAAUGGUUUCAGUUUUACAGUGUGAGAGUGAGCCAUGUAGCUUUUCUUUUUUUGCAUGGUGAGAGAGAGAGCGAGAGAGAGCGAGAGAGAGCGAGAGAGAGCGAGCGAGAGAGAGCGAGAGAGAGCGAGAGAGAGCGAGCGAGAGUGUGUGUGUGGAUGCGUGUCGGUCUUAACUGAUAAAAGUAAGAAAAAUAGGGGUGCUACAAUGUUGGCUUUUUUGUUGUUUUUGCCUGGAUUUUAAAGCAAUCAUAAAAAGGGAAAUGUUAGAGUGGUGAGCAAAAAUAUCAAGGAAGUGUUUGUAUAUAUUGUGUAUGGAGACUGUAGGCCUGAAUUGGAGUUUUGUAUGUUCCCAUUUGUAACGAACCAAAAUGAGUAUUUAUUUAUUGAGAUGAGAAAUGGAUUGAGCCAACACCUGUGACCCAAAACCAAAUGCACAUGCCAUCACUGAUGACAGAACCAUGUUUUGAAUGUAUCAGAAUGAUAUUACGCCCUGAAGAUAUUGGUCCUACUGCUGUAUUCCAGCAAAAUCUGGUCCUAAUGGAUCCUAGUCCCACAGCAGUGAAAUCUAUCAUUUAAAAAAUGCAUACAGUUGAUUAGGUGUAAAAGUGUACUUAAUUAUUUACUUGGAUUAAUAUCCCCCCCUCCACACAUGCACACCCUCAAGUGAUUGUUAGAAGUCUCAAGCAAAAUCAUACUUUUGAAUGGGAUGUUUAAAAGUAUAAUGAUUGGGAACAUGCGUCCUUCGAGAGAGACAGGAUGGGAUAUUUUUACUUCAGCCUCAAAGAUUUGCAAUCUGUGAUUGCCUUUGUAUUAUAGAAAUGAGUGCGUUUGUCACUAUACCAUUUUAGUUUUACUACCUGUACAUAUUUAAUUAUAUAUUGCUCACAAGUAUAAUUGCUUUCUCUAUAUAAUCAGACAGGUGUUACCGUAGAUAUCCAGUUUGGGGUUCUGUAGAGGAAUAAAGUGCAAUCCGAUCUAUACAAGAGCUGACUAUUUUUCUUAUUUAUUAUUUCUGGCUAUGUUUAGAGAUAGUUUCAUGGAACCAUAAUGCAGUGUGUGUAUUUGAAAUGAGCAAUAACAUCAAUGUUUUUGUAUACCAAGUCAACAGAUGACUUGCCUUUCAAGACUGUACACCAAUGACUACUCUCGCUAGAGGGAGAAUACAAAAAAACCCACAUUGUGACAAACUGUUUGUAAAAUAUUAUGUAUCUUAGAUACAUGACCAAGUGAUUAAAACGGAUAUUUAAAGAACUUAGUUGUUCAAAUGAUCUUUAAGAUCGGGUAACACCUGAGUCUUGGGAUUUGGAGGAUUUCAGACAUGCUAGAAAACAAGAGAACAUAUUAUCAAAGCUGGUGAAGCACCUAUUGUCUCAUUGUGUCAAGAAGUGUGUGUAUAUUUCAACUGUGUAUUAUUUUUACGACCUUAAAGUGAAAAUAAAAAACUGAAAACA